GCUCGUCUGAGAGCAGGCGGUGAAGGGAGCUCUCUUCUACCUUUUAACUUUGAAAAUGGCUUUCAUGACUUUGUGUUUGGGCUAUGUCACGUUCUCGGGAUGCGGUUUCGUGUGAGCGGGAAGACAAAGGAGGAGGGAGGAGGGGAGACGGGCUAGACAGGCCUGCGGGGCGAAGUUCAGGAAGGGCCGCCGCCGCCGGUUCCCGUAGGAAUGCCUUACCCGCGCGGGCAUCUAGGCCACGGCGCCGGCCCCGGGAGCUGCACGGACGCCGUGGCUUCUUACUGCUUCAGACGGACCCACCCAGGGUAAAUAGCUGUGUGAAGAGUGGUGAGCAUGUCCUGGAGGAGUUGGAAACAGAAGGGGAGAGGCAGCUGAAAAGCCUCCUUCAGCAUCAACUUGAUACCUCUGUCUCCAUUGAGGAAUGUGUGUCUAAGAAAGAGAGUUUUGCUCCUGGUACUAUGUACAAGCCCUUUGGGAAGGAAGCAGCUGGGACUAUGACUUUGUCCCAGUUCCAGACACUGCAUGAGAAGGACCAGGAAACUGCUUCUCUUAGGGAACUAGGGCUCAAUGAAACAGAAAUCUUGAUCUGGAAGAGCCAUGUUUCAGGUGAAAAGAGGACAAGACUGAGGGCAACCCCGGAAGCAAUACAGAACCGUCUUCAAGAUAUUGAAGAAAGGAUCUCGGAGCGUCAGCGCAUCCUUUGCCUGCCACAGAGAUUUGCCAAGAGCAAACAGCUGACCCGGCGAGAAAUGGAAAUAGAAAAGUCUUUAUUUCAGGGAGCUGAUCGGCACUCCUUCCUCAAGGCUCUUUAUUACCAAGCAUACCACAAAAAGACAAGUGCAGACAAGUACAUGACCUCAAUGAAGAGGAAGAUAAAAUUAGGCACAAAAGAUGAACCCCAAAAGAAGAACAAAGGUGAUCCCAUGAACAACCUGGAAAGUUUUUACCAAGAGAUGAUAAUGAAAAAACGUCUUGAAGAGUUCCAACUUAUGAGAGGUGAACCCUUUGCUUCCCACUCACUGGUCUCAGCUACAUCAGUGGGAGAUAGUGGCACAGCUGAGAACCCGUCAUUACUCCAGGACAAGGGAAAACAGGCAGCACAGGGUAAAGGUCCCAGUCUCCAUGUGGCAAAAGUUAUUGAUAAUUCACCUGAGCAGUGUUGGACUGGGCCUAAGAAGCUGACGCAGCCAAUAGAAUUUGUCCCAGAAGAUGAGAUCCAGAGAAAUCGUUUGUCAGAGGAAGAGAUCCGAAAAAUUCCUAUGUUUUCUUCAUAUAAUCCAGGGGAGCCAAACAAGGUGUUAUACCUGAAGAACCUUAGCCCUCGGGUGACCGAAAGAGAUCUUGUCUCAUUGUUCGCUCGGUUCCAGGAGAAAAAAGGACCACCAAUUCAAUUCCGAAUGAUGACUGGACGAAUGAGGGGGCAGGCUUUUAUCACCUUUCCCAAUAAGGAGAUAGCAAGGCAAGCAUUAUAUCUAGUAAAUGGAUAUAAACUACGUGGGAAAAUACUGGUGAUAGAAUUUGGAAAGAACAAAAAGCAACGGUCAGACCUCCAGGCUGCUUCUCUCAUAUCAUCUGCUCCAGAUAACACAGCAGAAAUCAGUGGUAGCUAAAAGAUAUAUAGAUGGUGAGUCCCAGGAGGUCUUCCCUGCAUCAGAAUCUUGGAUCUAGAAUUUGUGUAUAGAUAGCAAUUUGUUUGGAUUUGAAGAAGAGAAACUAACUGAGGGAGGGAAGAACUAAGAUAAUCCCUCUCAGUUUCAGAAUGAAUAGCUAGAAAACGUAUUUUAUAAUCAAAGACUAUAUAGGACAGACAUAUGCCAAGUAUGAAGCAUAGGGUAGAAAGAGUAUCAUUUUCUCAGGAUAAAUUACAAAUGAUUAUUUCUAAGGAUUUUUUAAGAUCUUUAUAAUUUAUCUGGGGUCUUCAAUAUUUGUCUGUAAAGAUAACAUUCUUUCCAAGAUUGCCUCCUAUAUGCAGAACUAAAACACUAAUUAAAUGUUGAAAUACUUAUUUACUAGAGCUCAUUUAUCCCUAAUUAUAUCCACCUAGUAAAUAAAUGACCACCCCAGGCCUAAACAUCAACAAAUGCUGUUGAAUGAGAACUAUCAGCAGUGACAAUAUGUAUUUUCAUAAGUCAGUCCACAUAUUUAAUCAAUGCUUCCCCAUAAAGUUAUCAGUGUCUUCAAAAAGCUAUAUAUUUUUCUAAUGAAAGCAUUUAGGUCAAAAUAUUGAUGUUCUCAUAGUCAUUUAAGCUAGCUACCAUUGAGUAAUCAUUGAAUUCAAAGCAAUAAACAUUGAGUGACUAUCUAAUAUAUAUUAUAUAUUAGGUAUAUGAAUUUUAGAAGAGGAACAUACUAGCAAACAAUACUAAAGGAGGGUGGGAAGAAAGCAUUCUCUAGAAGAUAGCCACCCAUUCCCAAAUCCCUCGGUUUGUUUGUAGUUGCUGGAGAAUAGAAACAAAAUAUGAUAUAGAUGAAGUAGUACAAACUUUGGAAUCAGACCUGUGUUUGAACUUCACAGCCACACUUACCACUUCGUGACCUUGGCAAGUCACUUAAUCUGAGCCUCAGUUUUCUCAUCUAUAAAACGAGGAUAAUAAUACUACUUACCUCAUUGGGUUGUAAGUAUUAAAUGAGAUGAUAUUAUUUUGGCUGAAGAACAGCAAGGAAAAAAAAUGAAGAAGGUUGAACAGAGAGUAGGACCAUUAAGCACUCAAACAUACUUGUAAUGAGAGGACCAGAAAAAGAGAAGAGAAAGAAAGAAGCAGAAAAAAUAUUCCAAUAAAUAAUGGAUGUAAAUGUCCCACAUCCAAGAAUUUCAACAAACGCCAAGUAGGAUAAAGAAGAAAUCCACAGACACAUCAUAAUAAAAAUGCUAAAACUCAAAGACAGAGAAACUCUUGAAAGUAACAGGAGAAAAAUGAAACAUCAUUUAUAAGAGAACCCCAAUCAGAUUAACAGCUGACUUCCCAUCAGAAACAAUGGAGGUGGCAGUGGAAUAACAUAUUCCAAGUGCUCAAAGAAAACAACUGUCAGUAUAGAAUCCUAUAUCCAAUAAAGCUGUGUUUUAAAAAAAUGAAGAUAAAAUGUAAGUCUUCCCACAUAAUCAUAAACUUGUUGCUGGCAGACCUGACUUACAGGAAACAUUAAAGGAAGUUCUUCAGGCAGAAAGCAGUGACCUCAGAUAAUAAUUUAAAUCUACACAUAUAGGAAAGUAGCAUGGGUAAAGGUAAUUACAUAAUAAGAAGAGACAGUCUAAAUGCAUUUUUCUUUUCUUAAUUGAUUUUAAAAGUAAUUUUAAAAAGCAAUAUGUACAUAGUUGCAUUGUUGGGUUUAUAACAUAUAAAAAUGCAGUAUAUUUGCCAAUAAUAGGACAUAGGAGGUGGGUGGAGGCAAAGCUGUAUUGGACUAUAGAAAUGACUCCAGAUGGUAACUCAAAUCUACAGGAACAAGUGAAGAAAACAAGAAGUGGGAAAUAAAGUUAAUAUAAAAAAGCAUCAAAUAUUUAUUUGCUCUUCUUUCUUCUCUGAGCUUCUUUAAAACACAUAAAAUUAUAUCAAGUAAUAAUUAUAACAGUGUAUUGGGUUAAUAAUGUGUAGAAAUAAUAUGUAUAACAAUAAUAGUAUAAAAAAGUGGGGAAAGAAGGAGGUUCAUAUGGGAAUAAGGUGUUUAUAUCAUUGGAAUUAAGUUUAUAUAUAUCUGAAGCCAAUUCAGUUAAGAUUUGUAUGGUAAACCCUAGAGCAACCACUACAAAACUAACUGAAAAUAUAUAGUGAAAAUAUUAUUAAAGAAAUUUAAAUUUUUCAUUAGAAAAUAUUCAGUGCAAAAGGAUGAAUAGAGAAACAGACAAACUCCAGAGACAUGUAGGAAACAAACAGUAAAAUGGCAGUCUUAAGUCCACCUAUAUUAAUAAUAACAAUAAAUAUGAAUGGAUUAAACCAAUCAAAGACAGAGAGUGUCAGACUGGGAAAAACAAGCAAGAUUCACCUCCAUGCUGUUUGUUGGAGUCACACUUUAUAUUCAAAGACACAAACAGAUUGAAGGUAAAAGGAUAGAAGAAAAUAGCGGUCAAAUGGCAACUGUAAGAAAGCUGGAGUGGCUAUACUAAUAUCAAAUAAUAGACUUUAAAACAAAAAAUGUCAUUAGACAUAAAGAGUGACAUCUUAUAAUGAUAAGAGAAUCAACCCAUCAGAAAGAUAGAGCAAAGUUAUAUAUGCGCCUAACAGCACAGCACCAAAAUACAUGAAUCAAAAACUGAAUUAAAUGAAGGGAAAAGUCCACAAGUCUACAGUAAGAGUUGGGGUAUUCAGUAUCCCAUUUUCAUUAAUAGAACAAUUAGAUAAUAAACAAGGAAAUAGAAGACUUGAACAGUGCCAUAAUGAACUAGACCUUAAAGUGAUCUAUAAAACACUUUACCCAGCACGAAUGGAAUGCACAUUCUUCUUAAGGGCACAUGAAGUAUGUCCAGAAUAGAUCAUAUCAUAGACCAUAAAACAAACCUCAGUAAAUUUAAGUGGACUGAAAUCAUGCAAGGUAUGUUUUCUGACUCCUUGGAAUAGAGUUAGAAAUCAAUAACAAAGUUGAAGGACUCAUAAACAUGAAUUAGACACACGUUUAAAUGACCGAUGGGUCAAAUAAAAAAUCACAAGGGAAAUUAGGAAAUCCUUUGAGAUGAAUGAAAAUGAAGACAUGACAUACCAAAAUGUGGGGUGCACCAAAAGCAAAGCUUGGAGAAAAAUUUAUAAAUACUAAUGCCUAUAUUUAACAAGAAGAAAGAUCACAUAUAAAUAACCUCAAUUUUGUGCCUAAGACACUGGGAAAAGAGGAGCAAACUAAACUUAGAGUAAGCAGAAGGAAGAAAAUAAAAAAGAUUAAUAAAUGACAGGGAAUACAAAAAGAGUAGAGAAUGUCAAUGAAACUAAUAGUUGGUUCUAUAAAAAAAGAUCAACAAAAGUGACAAACCUUUUGUUAGAUUGACCAGGGAAAAAAGAAGACUCAAAUUACUAGAAUCAGAAGUGAAGGAGGGACCAUUACUACCAACCUUCUAGAAAUAAAAAGUGUUAUGAAGGAGCCCUAUGAACAAUUAUAUAACAAAUUAGAUAACUUAGAUGAAAUGGAAAAUUUCCUAGAAACCCACAAACUACUGGAACCAAUGGAAAACAAAAUCUGAAAAUGUCUAUAACAAGUAAAGAGGUUAAUUAAUAACUCUUAAAAAUACCCACAAGAAAAAGCCUAGCCUCGAAUUGCUUCUCAGAUAAAUUCUAGCAAACAUUAAAGAAGAAUUAAUACAAAUUCUUUACAUACUCUUCCAAAAAGUAGAAGGAACACUUCUAAUAUAUGCUACAAACAUGGAAGAACGCUGAAAACAUGCUAAAUGAAAGAAGCCAGUCACAAAAGACUAUAUAAUUAUGUGAUUCCAUUUAUAUGAAGUGUCUAGAAUUGGUAAAUUAAUAUAGAGACUGGAUUAGUGGUUGCUCAGGGCUGAGGGUGAUAGCUGAAUUGUAUGAGGUUUCUUUAGAGGUUGAUUAAAAUGUUCUAAAAUUGGUGAAAAUUGUACAACUCUAUUGAAUAUACUAUAAAUAAUGAAUUGUAUACCUUAAAUAGGUGAAUUGUAUUUUUAUGAAUUAUAUCUCAGAGUCACCAAAAAAA